AUGCCAGAAGCAAACUGAAAGCAGUAAGAGAAAGAUAUCUGAAAUAUUCGAGAAAAUUAAGGAAAAAAUAUCUAAAAUAAAAUGCAAAAUUUAAAGGAACAACGCAAAAUCAAAGAAGAAGAAAAGGAGAAUGUUUUUCCCGUUGGGCCCAUGGAAGCGUACAUCCAGCCAAAAUCGAUGCUGCUCUCCGUUAAAGGAAAUCCGAUUGGAGGUCCUCGCCAACAAUUGCGAGUACUCAAUCCCAUUACAAAUCAACUCCGAGACGUGCCAAGACCAUUGGCAGGGAAUAUAAUCAAGCCUGUAAUAUGCAAUGAGAUGACCAAACCAGAAAUCAAAGGAGCAGUAACCUUAAUGGACACCGAUGAGGAUGCCGAUGUGGCCACGAGCUUGAGCGAUGCAUUGUCGCCCAUGUCAAUCGACACUCCUCAGUUAACAGAUGAUAUAGCAUCACCACCUAAAGCAAAUGGACAUGAGCAAUUCUUUGAAGUGGUUGAAUAUCAGAAGGAUAUAUUAAAGAGCUUGCAAAAUAGUGAGACAAAGCAUAUUAUAAAUCCACUAUAUAUGGGCCGCCAAAAGGAUAUUACUCAUAAAAUGCGUUCCUUAUUGAUUGACUGGCUGGUUGAUGUGAAUGAGCAAUAUGAAAUGAACACCGAGACGUUGUACCUAACAGUUUCCUAUAUUGAUCGGUUUCUCAGCCUUGCGGCAGUUGGUAUUAGCAAUCUGCAAUUGGUGGGCAUUGCAGCCAUGAGUAUUGCGUCCAAAUUGGAAGAGAUCUAUGCACCGGAUGUGGCUUCCUUCGUUGCCAUUACCGACAACACGUACACCAAGCGACAAAUGAUUCAGAUGGAGAAGAUUAUGUUGAAUGUUCUCAACUUUGAUCUGUGCACAUCCACGGCCUGUGCUUUUGUCAAUACAUAUUCUGUGAUGUCCCAAUCGAGCGAGAGACUUACAUAUCUGACCCUCUUUCUAUGCGAGCUUACUCUCAUUGACGGCAAGACAUAUUUGCAUUUCUUGCCCUCCCUCAUUUCGGCCGCUGCCCUUGCAUUGGCACGUCACAUUUUGGGUAUGGAAAUUUGGACUAGCCAACUGAAGGAGAUAACCUCCUAUUGCCUGGAUGAUCUAAGGACUCUUAUUCUACACCUUUGCGAGACGCACAAACUAGCCAAGCAAACAAGCAAGCUUUCUGCCAUAAAGGAAAAAUACUAUACUAGCAAAUACCAAAAGGUGGCUUCGAUUGAGGCAAUCGAAUUGACGCAGAAAGAACUAGAUCAACUGAGUUUGGCUUCACUUUGCAUAAUCCUUACCCCACUGAAGGAGUCAACUCUAAAGAAAUUUUAAAAUGUUUUAAUUGUUCAAUUAUUUCAUGUUUCCCUUAAUCGAGUUGUAAUGUAUUUUAUGUUUAUAUUUUUGUUAUAAUUUAAAUGAAUGAUGAAUGAAUCGAGUGCGAAUGGCAAUCGCUCAAUAUA